GGAGACUGUCUCUCGUGUCACCGCACGUAUUCUCCUUCAAUUCUCUGAAAUUUUAUCGUCACUUAGAGGGAAUAAUGUGGCCUUUCGCAACAUACCCAGAGGUCACGGCGGCUGGGCUCAAUGGCAAUACUUACGACUAUGUUGUCGUCGGGGGUGGUACCGCGGGCUGUGUGGUAGCCUCGCGACUCUCAGAGGAUCCCAAUGUCUCGGUCCUGGUCCUCGAGAAAGGCCACGUCAAGGAUAACUUCGUCUCCCGUGUGCCACUGAUUAGCCAGAACUUCUUCAUGGGUGACCCUCUUCAAGUCCAAAGCACUCGCUAUUCCGAACCCAUCAGCUUUUUGAAGGGUCGGAGAAACCAGAUUGUUUCGGCUGAAGGGAUUGGUGGGUCCUCGAGGAUAAAUGGUAUGCUCUGGACAAGAGGCGCUCCGGGAGGCUAUGAGGAGUGGGCCACAGCACUUGGUCUUGAUGAGUGGUCAUGGGAGAAAGUCGAGCCACACUUUCGCCGGAUUGAGAAUGCGAUCUCAUACCCAGAUUCCCCUGAGAGGGGACACAACGGACUCAUUCCCCUGCAACACAAGUCGUGGCCAUUCAAGUGGCCAAGAUAUGUUGACCGGGCUGCGAAAAGACUUGGACUUCCAGUGGGUGAAGAUUGUAACAAUCCUUCUGCCCCAAGCAUGGGGCUUUUCAACCUCGACAUGGCCAUCCAUCCCAAUGGGCAGAGAGCUUCCGCGUACAACACCUACCUCAACAGGACGCUAGCACUGGAAAGACAAAAGCGACUUACGGUUUGUACCGGCGUUGUUGUUUUGAGUUUAGAUGUCGACGAGCAAGCCGGCAUUGUCCGUGGUGUUCAUUUUCAAGAUGAGAGCGCGAAUGGGGAAUCGAUUACAUACGUGAAAGCCAGGCGUGAAGUCAUCGUCUGCUCAGGUGUCAUUUGCACACCCCAGAUUCUGCUCUUGAGCGGCAUCGGCCCGCGAAGUCAGCUUGACGCCUUCGAUAUCCCUGUGAAGAAGGAAUUACCGGUCGGUGCCACUCUCAAGGACCACUUUAGCUGCGUCGUCAGUGUCGAAAUCCCCAAAUCAGAGACACUGGAUUUGCUCCAGACUAUCCAAGGCCUUUGGCAUCUAGUCCUCUUCAUAUUCUUUGGGAAAGGUCUGAUGGGUGCCAGUUCCACCCCGAAAACGGUCUUCCUCCGCACAGCUGCCCUCGACAAGGAGACGAUGCAGGUCAACACCACCGAAGACGGGUUUGACGCCUCCAACCCGGCCAACUUACCCGACACGGAGAUCAUGGUCCAGGCGGUGAACAGUAUGUGGAGACCCGUGCCUGGUCAUUCAGUGCUUACCUUCUUUACCACCCUUGUACAGCCCAAGUCCGUGGGCAGUGUCGAGCUCGCGACCAAGGAUCCUCACACCAAUCUGCGCAUACAUCAUCCCAUGUUCCAGGACCCAGCAGACAUAACAACAUUCAGAAAGAGCAUGCGGUUUGCCAUGAAAUUUGCAGAAGAGUUCAUCGGCUCCGGCUAUUCACAUACCGCCUCAAUUGCAUUUGCCCCCGGCGCGAACCCGGAAUUGCUGGAGGCAUGGGAGAAAACCGCACCGAGCAGCACGGCAACCGAAGGGCCACCGCCAGCUCCUGGACUAACCUUCAGUUCUGGAACUGGAGAGUUGUUGACGCCUAAUACAGAAAAGUCUGAAAACAACAAAACGUGGAAGACUGUGUCUGAUGAUGAAAUCGAUGACUAUGUCCGGCGGAUCAGUGUGGGAAGCCUUCACAGCUGUUGCACCUGUCCGAUGUCGAGGGACGAGAAGUCUGGAGUGGUCGACCAGCAUCUCCGUGUCCAUGGCUUCAAGAACCUGAGGAUCGCAGAUGCAAGCGUUUUUCCGAAGAUUCCAAGCGGACAUACCAUGGCCCCUACUAUGAUGGUUGCAGAAAGGUGUGCAAGUUUCAUUAUCAACGAUUGGUCAGAUGCCCAAUGAUGUUGUUGGGCCUGAUAUUAUAGCAGAGGGGAAUUGAAUGCAAAAAGAUAUCCACGGCAGAUGGAAGGAGAAACCUCAUCUUUGGGGUCGGGGGUGCAGUAUGAAUGGAGGCACAAUUGCUGGUCACUGAGGUUGGCAUGCCCGGCCAACUCCCGGUGCAUCCACGUCGACAACGCUGUCAAGUUGCAUCUAAAGCGUCGUGUCGCCAUACUUGCUGUCUAAGAUGGGUACAUGAGUGCAAACUACAUACCUAGGUACCUUCCCCCUGACACUUCCAUUCUAAGAAUGGCUGCCCAAGAAGUUGGCUCUCUUCAUCACUCGCACGUGCAUAUGUUGAACCGGUCUGCGUCCCUUUGCACAACUUCUGAACCAACUGAUGCCAAGGAGUUGCACCCCGACCAUUCAAGGUCUCGCAAGGCCCCCUUUCAUUUGAACUAAGUGAUAGCUCAACAUUCUCAACUCCUCAGCACAGUGAGAUCCUGGAGCCGCAGCACAGGCUCAAUAUGCCGUCUGAAAGGUUCUCCUUCUUCCUGCAGUAGCCACG